AUGGCAGAAUUUUUAGAAGAUGAAUUUUUCAGCAUUGAUCAAAUGCUAAUUGAUGAAAGCAACAUGGAGGACAGUCAGGCAAGCGCCAUGGAAGGGACUGAAUACAAUGACAACAAUGUCGUACAUGAAGAAGCAAUGCAGCAACCCAAAGGCAGAAAACAGCUAACUGUUUCCCAGAAAAGGGAACUUGUUGAUGCUUUUCUUUUGAAGCAAGAGGGUGGGACAUUGCCAAGAGGGUAUUUAUCACAGCAAGCAAGGAAGUUCAAUGUGCACAGGUCAACAAUUCAGAGGCUAUUCACAGACAUAAAAUCCCAAAUGGCAGUGGGGAAUGUGAUAGAUGUCAGAAGCAAAAAGCUUGGCAUUGUUGGUCGCAAACCAACAGAGUACACAGAUGAGUUUUUGCAAUCAGUCCCACUGUACAAGAGGACAACUGAGAGAAGCUAUGGAGCUGCCCUCAAUAUCUCACAUGUCACCAUCCAUAAAUUAAAGAAAAAAGGGAGACUCAGAACACAUACAAGCACAAAUCACCCAGCACUGACAUCCAACCACAAGAUAGCAAGAUUUAAAUGGGUUUUAAGUCAUCUACUGCCUGCUGCAGAGAAUGGGGACCCUAAGUUCGAGGACAUGCAGCAAGUAGUACACAUUGAUGAAAAAUGGUUCUAUUUGAACCCAGAAACAAGGAGGUUCUAUCUCUUGCCAAAUGAACCAAAUCCAUAUAGGUGCCAACAGUCCAAAAGAUUCAAGGUAAAAGGCAUGUUCAUGACAGUCAUUGGGAAGCCAAUAUUUGACACUCAUGGACUAGUGGUACAUGAUGGAAAGUAUGGAAUCUUUCCAUUUGUGUAUGACAGCACAGCAAAGAAAAAAAGCAAAAACAGGGAGGCUGGAACUGUGGAAAUAAAGGCAAUACAGAAUGUCAACAAGGAGGCAAUCAGGGCAAUGCUUCUGAACAAUGUAAUUCCAGCAAUUAAAAGUAAAUGGCCACCCCAUCUGUCCAAGGACAUAUGGAUUCAGUGGGAUAAUGCCAGACCUCAUCAAAUUCCUAAGGAUGAGGAAUUUAUUGCUGCCUGUCAGUCACAUGGGUUCAAAAUUCAGUUCAUUUACCAGCCAGCUCAGUCACCAGACUUAAAUGUGCUAGAUCUUGGGUUGUUCAAUGUCAUACAACCCAUACAAUACCAGUCAUUUCCUAAGAACUUGGGGGAACUCAUAGACAAGGUCAAGGAGGCUUAUGAAUUGUUCGAUCCAGUGUUGAACAAGCACUAUUGGAUAACACUGCAAUGUUGCAUGGAAGAAAUACUGAAGAACCUAGGAGGCAAUAACUUUACCCCACCACACAAAGGGAAGAAAAGGCAGGACAGACUUGGCAUGCUGUCAGAGCAACUACAGGUGGACAAGAAUGUGGUUCAACAAAGUGUUGAUUACCUCAACACUCUGUUCAUAUCAACAGGUGAAGGCAAUGAAGAAGAUGAAGGCAUGCAAGUUGAUGCAGACUGA